UUCCACAGUCUCGAGGAAGACGCCUUAGAACGUUGAGUAUAGAGCUCGAGCAGAGUGCUCAGUAACUAGAAUCAGUAAGAGUAAGGAGUAAUCUCCUAACCAGUACUGCGUUCUGAAAACUAAAGUCGUUGUUACAAGUAACCAGUUACCGCUUCGCGUUCUCGGCUUCAUUCAUUCAUUUUAACUUCUCGCGUCUAGUGUAUUUAUCAACCAACAGACUGGAUCUUGAUCAUCAUUAUCAACAUCACAGUUAUUUAUCAUCACACCAAGUUACACGUUAAAAAUAUUAAAUAUUAACACAAGUGCGUAUGAGUACAUUCAAGUGUUUACAGUGUGUAAAUGUGUAUGGUGAUAAAUACCUCCAAUAAGUGCGCUUAGUGGGAAGAACGAGUCUACCUGGGAGCGAUUAAGAAGCACAUCCCCAGAAACCCCCCCAACCAAAAUCACACGCCUUACCUCACCCCUGUCCUUGUCCUCCUCCAGUCCCUACUCCCCAGGCGCGAAAUCGCGCCAUAAAAUCCGCGAAGUGGCUAAACAAACGGGAAUCACAUCUGUCGACGGUAUGGAUAACAAGCCAGUUUUGAAUGAUGACCCCUCGGUCACCCUCACCAUCCGGCUCAUUAUGCAGGGCAAAGAAGUCGGAAGUAUCAUUGGUAAAAAGGGUGAAAUUGUCACGAGGUUCCGGGAAGAAUCUGGUGCAAAGAUAAACAUAUCAGAUGGUUCGUGUCCUGAGCGGAUAGUGACAGUAACCGGACCGACCAAUUCAAUUUUCAAAGCUUUCACCCUGAUCUGCAAGAAAUUCGAAGAAUGGUGCUCGCAGUUUCACGACGUCUCGGGUGGUGGAGCUGGAGGUGGCGGCAAUGCACCACGUACUCCAAUCACCCUACGGCUGAUCGUCCCCGCGUCCCAGUGUGGAUCGUUAAUCGGCAAAGGCGGCUCCAAGAUCAAAGAAAUAAGGGAAGUUACUGGGGCGCUCAUUCAGGUCGCGUCUGAAAUGCUUCCUAGCUCCACUGAACGUACAGUUACUAUCUCCGGUACCAGCGAGUCUAUUACUCAGUGCAUAUACCACAUUUGCUGCGUCAUGUUAGAGUCCCCUCCCAAAGGUGCCACGAUUCCUUAUCGCCCCAAACCCCAAGUCGGUGGGCCAGUGAUCCUGGCUGGUGGGCAAGCUUACACCAUCCAGGGUAAUUACGCGGUGCCCGCCCACUCGGACAUGGGUAAACUAGGUAGUAAUCCACUGGCUGGUCUAGCAGCCCUGGGAUUGGGUGGACUGGCCGCGCCAGCCAACACCGGGGGAUUGAAUCCAGCUGGUAUUAUUCACAAACUAUCAGCAUUAGCGGCAUUAGCCGGGAGUCAAUUACGUACAAAUCAUACAAAUCGGCAACAGCCUGCAGCCAACAACCAGACCCACGAGAUGACUGUACCCAAUGAACUAAUCGGGUGCAUUAUCGGCAAAGGUGGCACCAAAAUCGCCGAAAUCCGUCAGAUAUCCGGCGCUAUGAUCAGAAUCAGUAAUUGCGAGGAGCGUGAGGGUGGUGCUACUGAUCGUACUAUCACCAUUACUGGUAAUCCGGAUGCAGUUGCUCUUGCCCAGUAUCUUAUCAACAUGAGUGUCGAACUGCAGAAAGCUAACCUAGAGGCCCAAAAUACCCAAAACCCUGGCAGCGGUACCACUCCCGGGGCUAGCGGGUCCAGUGCUUCCCCUUCUAAUACUACUACCACUGCCUCUCCUUUGGCCAGCGCAAUCCCCUUGGCUCAGCUGCUAAGCAAGCCAGGAGCCCUCAACGCCCUCUCUAGCCUGACAGCCCUCGGCGGGCUCACGGAGCUGCUAGGUGGCGCUGCUGGCGCGGCGACCGCUACCUUACCAGUCCAGACCACUGGGGUCCACCGUUCCCACAAGACUUUCACUCCACGGCUCCGCAGUCCAGGUGCUCCUGGACCCACUGACUCCGGCAAAUUUAAAUCUGAAAGGACCAAGUACAAUCCUUACUGAAUUAUCUCCGUAUAAUUACAUACUUUUCAUUAUUAUUAUUAUUAUUACUUUCUUUUUUGAUAAUUUUUCACCAAGUCGAGUCCUACACAGGAAGAACAAGAUGAUACUGGAUAUCAUCUCAGAUUAUACUUAGUGAAAAAAAAUUUCAGAUAGUAGCUAAUAUAAUCCAGAUUAUAAUGAGU